GAGAGACAGAGCGCUGACUCCUCCUCGUUCUCCGGUGUCAAAGUUGACAUCAGCCCUGGAGCCGAGUUGAACAGGAGCCUCGUGCGUGAACGGGAGAACGAGCUCACAUCUUUCAGUGGCGAAUGCUGCACGGAGUUAUGUACCUCGCGCUGUCUUGCCCUCUGAACUGCCUGCCGUCAUGGAUUGCAACCCGCGCGCGAAACCAAUACUACUUUUUAUUUUACUGUUCAUCUUGUCGUUUAUCCGCUCAGCACUUCUGAUCAUCCACCCGUCCAAUGAAGUGAACUUGUUGGACUCCAAAGCCAGCCAGGGGGAGCUGGGAUGGAUCUCCUACCCAUCACAUGGGUGGGAGGAGAUCAGCGGAGUAGACGAGCACUACACUCCCAUCAGGACCUUCCAGGUGUGUAACGUGAUGGAGUACAGUCAGAACAACUGGCUGAGGACCAACUGGAUCCCCCGCCAGUCGGCCCAGAAGAUCUACGUGGAGCUAAAGUUCACCCUGAGAGACUGUAACUCCAUCCCCCUGGUCCUGGGGACCUGCAAGGAGACCUUCAACCUGCUGUACAUGGAGACAGACGAGGACCAGGGCAGUCACUUCAGAGAACACCAGUUCUCUAAGAUCGACACCAUCGCUGCAGACGAGAGCUUCACCCAGAUGGACCUGGGGGACCGCAUUCUGAAGCUCAACACGGAGGUCCGGGAGGUGGGGCCUGUUACGAAGAAGGGCUUCUACCUGGCGUUCCAGGACGUGGGAGCGUGUGUGGCCCUGGUGUCAGUCAGGGUCUACUUUAAGAAGUGCCCAUUCAUUGUGAGGAACUUGGCCUCCUUCCCUGAUACCGUGCCAAUGGACUCUCAGUCAUUGGUGGAGGUGAAGGGCUCGUGUGUCAAUCACUCCAAGGAGGAGGAGCCACCGCGUAUGUACUGUAGUACAGAGGGGGAGUGGCUAGUGCCCAUAGGGAAGUGUGUGUGUAACGUUGGCUAUGAGGACAGAGGGAGCUCCUGCCAAGCAUGCAGAGCAGGGUUCUAUAAGUCUCUGCUGGGUAACGUCCAGUGUUCUAAGUGUCCACCUCACAGCUUCACCCAUCAUGAGGGAGCGCUACACUGUGGCUGUGAGAAAAACUACUUCCGUGCUGAUGGAGACCCACCAUCUAUGGCCUGCACACGUCCUCCCUCCGCUCCUCGUAACGUGAUCUCAGUCAUCAAUGAGACCUCAGUGAUUCUGGACUGGUCCUGGCCGGAGGACACGGGAGGUCGUAAGGAUGUCACCUUCACCGUGCUGUGUAAGCGCUGCAGGCAGGGCCAGAGGGUGUGUGAGGCGUGUCGCAGUAAUGUGCGGUUCCUCCCCCGUGCUGCAGGCCUGCAGAACACUACCGUAACCGUGGGAGACCUGCUGGCUCACACCAACUACACCUUCGAGAUCGAAGCUCAAAAUGGAGUAUCCCAGUUAGCCCCAACAAUGAGGCAAUAUGCUGCUGUGACCAUCACGACCAACCAAGCAGCCCCUUCUCCAGUGACUGUGAUCAGGAAGGACCGUACGUCUCGUAACAGCAUCUCUCUGUCCUGGCUGGAACCAGAGAGACCCAACGGCAUCAUACUGGACUACGAGGUCAAAUACUACCAGAAGCAGGAGCAGGAGACCAGCUACACCAUCCUGCGCUCUAAGGGUUGCAACGUGACGUUGGGCGGUCUAAAGGCAGACACCUCCUACCUGCUCCAGAUCAGGGCCAGGACUGCAGCAGGCUACGGAGCCAGCAGCAGGAGCUUUGAGUUUGAGACAAGCCCUGACUCGUUCUCUAUCUCCAGUGAGAGUAGUCAGGUGGUAUUGAUAGCCAUCUCUUCCUCUGUAGCCAUUAUUUUGCUCUCCAUCCUCCUCUACGUGGUGAUUGGCAGGUUCUGUGGCUACAGCAAGUCUAAACAGCCUGAUGAAAAGAGACUGCACUUUGGCAACGGUCACUUGCGUCUGCCAGGAAUAAGGACCUACGUAGACCCUCACACCUAUGAAGACCCCAGUCAGGCCGUCCAUGAGUUUGCCAAGGAGCUGGAUGCUUCCUGUAUCGCCAUUGACAAGGUGGUGGGAGCAGGUGAGUUUGGGGAGGUGUGCAGUGGUCGUCUGCGUCUGCCCAGUAAGAAGGAGAUCUGUGUGGCAAUCAAGACGCUGAAGGCAGGAUACACCGACAAACAGAGGCGGGACUUCCUGUCCGAGGCGUCAAUCAUGGGACAGUUUGACCAUCCAAACAUCAUCAGGCUGGAGGGAGUGGUCACCAGGAGUAAACCUGUGAUGAUAGUGACUGAAUACAUGGAAAAUGGAUCCUUGGACAGCUUUCUGAAAAAACAUGAUGCCCAGUUUACUGGUAUCCAGUUGGUGGGCAUGCUGCGUGGCAUCGCGUCGGGCAUGAGGUACCUGUCUGACAUGGGUUACGUCCACAGGGACCUGGCCGCUCGUAAUAUCCUGGUGAACAGCAACCUGGUGUGUAAGGUGUCUGACUUCGGCCUGUCCAGAGUCCUGGAGGACGACCCCGAGGCAGCUUACACCACACGGGGAGGUAAGAUCCCUAUCAGGUGGACAGCUCCAGAGGCCAUCUCCUACAGGAAGUUCACCUCGGCCAGCGAUGCCUGGAGCUACGGUAUCGUGCUCUGGGAAGUGAUGUCAUACGGGGAGCGGCCUUACUGGGAGAUGUCCAAUCAGGACGUGAUCAAAGCGGUGGAUGAGGGCUACAGACUGCCUCCUCCUAUGGACUGCCCUGCAGCUCUGUACCAGCUGAUGUUGGACUGCUGGCAGAAGGAGAGGAACAACAGACCCAAGUUUGAACAGAUCGUAAGCAUCCUGGAUAAACUCAUACGCAACCCUGGGAGCCUGAAGAUCACAGCCAACACCUCAUCCAGGCCAGCCAACCUGCUUCUGGACAGGAGUAGUUCUGAGGUGGUUCCAUCGUUGGACACCAUGGGGGAUUGGCUGGACAACGUGAGGACCCUGCCCUGUAAGGAGGCCUUCUCUGGGGUCAGCUACAGCUCCUGUGACACCCUGCCCAAGACCUCCGCAGAGGACCUAAAGAAGGUUGGUGUGACUAUCGUCGGCCCUCAGAAGAACAUUGUGAGCAGCAUCAAAGCACUAGAGAGCCACAUGAAGAAUGGCCCUGUCCCAGUCUAACCCAACCAAGCCACUAGAGAUCCACAGAUUGGCUGACUGGCUGCCCUCUGGCCCCUGUUCCAUUCUGAAUGAAGCUCGUCUGGCCCCCAUUCCAAUCUGAAUGAAACCAUUCUGGGUCCCAAUCCAUUCUGAAUGAAGCCCUUCUGGGCCCUGUUCCAUUCUGAAUGAAGCCCAUCUGGGCCCCGUUCCAUUCUAAAUGAAGACCCUCUGGACCCAGUUCCAUUCAGAAUUAAGCCCUUCUGGACCCAGUUCCAUUCAGAAUUAAGCCCUUCUGUGCCCCGUUUCAUUCUGAAUUAAAGUGUCUACUUUUCAGUUCCUCCCUCCACGUCUGUGGACGUUUCAAUACGGUUCAUUCCACGAGGGAGCCCUCCCCUGUCGAGGUGUAGUGAUAGGGAAUGAAGGAGGAGAGAGGACAGGCUCAUAGCACUUAGAACAGCCCUCUGAUCUCUGUAACAUGCAGGAGGAAGUCCCAAACUAAAGGAGGAAGUAGACAUUAGAAAAGUGGUGCAGCGGAGGACAACAGCUCUUGAGGUUUGAUGAUGUCACCAUGAUAUCAUGCCCUUACCCUGAAUCCAGGGCAAGCAGUCAGACCGACAGACAGACCAACCCUUCGACACUCCGCACCAUUGCUGAGAUGCCUUACUGAGAACACAGGAAAGAGGGAGAUAACCUGGCCUUGGACCUUAAGGGCAUGAGGAUAAAGGGCUGGAGCUGGGAUUGGAGAACCUGGGACAGCAGGGCCCUGUGUGUGACUUAUCGUGGAAAGGGGCUUGUUGAGAACUGAACCAGUCGUGAUCUGAUCCUGUGGAUUUGACUGACAGUUUUUAAGCUCUGGAGAGGAAAACUUUAAAUGCCUUGAGUAGAACAACGCAGACAGCAGCAGCAAUCCACAUCCACAUCAACCUGGAGCAGACGAAGCACACCUGGAGACUCCCACCACUGAAGACCCCACUCUCUCUCACAGAGAAGGACUGAUACUACUCUGUGUGUGUGUGUGUGUGUGUGUGUGUGUGUGUGUGUGUGUGUGUGUGUGUGUGUGUGUGUGUGUGUGUGUGUGUGUGUGUGUGUGUGUGUGUGUGUGUGUGUGUGUGUGUGUGUGUGUGUGUGUGUGUGUGUGUGUGUGCGUGCGUGCGUGCGUGCGUGCGUGUGUAUGCACCCAUGUCUCUGCAUGUGAGUGUGAAGGUAUACUCAAGAGAAAAUCAGCUUGAGAAGGAAGCCAAACCAUUUGAUGGGCACCCAGACUAGAAUAAGCCAUUUAUCCCAUAGCUAUAGACUAAUGUCUGCAAACAGUCAAUGUCAAACAGAGAGCAAUAAUCAUAACAAUCAGUUCAUCAGUUUGAUCAACCUGAAGUCAUGAGUCUGAUGGUAAACAGGACAUAUCAGACCACAGAACUGUAACUAACUACUACCUGUCUGCUUACCAUACAUACAGUUGAAGUCGUAAGUUUACAUGCAUCUUAGCCAAAUACAUUUAAACUCACUUUUUUUCCCUGACAUUUAAUCCUAGUAAAAAUUCCCUGUUUUAGGUCAGUUAAGAUCACCACUUUAUUUUGAGAAUGUGAAAUGUCAGAAUAAGAGUAGAGAGAAUUAUUUAUUUCAACUUUUAUUUCUUUCAUCACAUUCCCUAUGGGUCAGAUGUUUACAUACACUCAAUUAGUAUUUGGUAGCAUUGUCUUUAAAUUGUUUAACUUGGGUCAAACGUUUAGGAUAUCCUUCCACAAGCUUCCCACAAUAAGUUGGGUGAAUUUUGUCCCAUUCCUCCUGACAGAACUGGUGUAACUGAGUCAGGUUUGUAGGCCUCCACACACUUUUUCUGUUCUGCCCACACAUUUUCUCUAGGAUUGAGGUCAGGGGUUUCUGAUGGCCACUCCAAUAUCUUGAUUUUGUUGUCCUUAAGCCAUUUUGCCACAACUUUGGAAAUAUGCUUGGGGUCAUUGUCCAUUUGGAAGACACAUUUACGACCAAGCUUUAACUUCCUGACUGAUGUCUUGAGAUGUUGCUUCUCAUGAUGCCAUCUAUUUUGUGAAGUGCACCAGUCCCUCCUGCAGCAAAUCACCCCCACAACAUGAUUGGGAUGGUGAUCUUCGGCUUGCAAGCCUCCCCCCUUUUCCUCCAAACAUAACGGUGGUCAAUAUGGCCAAACAGUUCUAUUUUUGUGUCAUCAGACCAGAGGAUGUUUCUCCAAAAAGUACGAUCUUUGUCCCCAUGUGCAGUUGUAAACCGUAGUCUGGCUUUUAUAUGGCGGUUUUGGAGCAGUGGCUUCUUCCUCCUGAGCGGCCUUUCAGGUUAUGUCGAUAUAGGACUCGUUUUACUGUGGAUAGAUACUUUUGUACCUGUUUCCUACAGCAUCAUCACAAUGUCCUUUGCUGUUGUUCUGGGAUUGAUUUCCACUUUUCGCACCAUUGUACGUUCAUUUCUUGGAGACAGAACGCGUCUCCUUCCUGAGCGGUAUGAUGGCUGUUUAUACUUGUGUAUUAUUGUUUGUACAGAUGAACGUGGUACCUUCAGGCAUUUGGAAAUUUCUCCCAAGAAUGAACCAGACCUGUGAAAGUCUUGGCUGAUUUCUUUUGAUUUUCCCAUGAUGUCAAGCAAAGAGGCACUGUGUUUGAAGAUAGGCCUUGAAAUGCAUCCACAGGUACUCCUCCAAUUGACUCAAAUGAUGUCACUUAGCCUAUCACAAGCUUCUAAAGCCAUGACAUAAUUUUCUGUAAUUUUCCAAGCUGUUUAAAGGCACAGUCAACAUAGUGUAUGUAAACUUCUGACCCACUGGAAUUGUGAUACAGUGAAUUAUAAGUGAAAUAAUCUGUCUGUAAACAAAAUUAUUUGUGUCAUGCACAAAGUAGAUGUCCUAACCGACUUGCCAAAACUAUAGUUUGUUAACAAGAAAUUUGUGGGGUGGUUGAAAAACGAGUUUUAAAGACUCCAACCUAAGUGUAUGUAAACUUCUGACUUCAACUGUAUCUGUAACUAACUACCACCCUUCUGCUUAUCAUACAGAACUGUAACUAACUACCACUUGUCUGCUUAUCAUAGAGAACUGUAACUAACUACCACCUGUCUGCUUAUCAUAGAGAACUGUAACUAACUACCACCUGUCUGCUUAUCAUACAGAACUGUAACUAACUACCACCUGUCUGCUUAUCAUAGAGAACUGUAACUAACUACCGCCUGUCUGCUUAUCAUAGAGAACUGUAACUAACUACCGCCUGUCUGCUUAUCAUAGAGAACUGUAUCUAACUACCACCUGUCUGCUUAUCAUACAGAACUGUAUCUAACUACCACCUGUCUGCUUAUCAUACAGAACUGUAACUAACUACCGCCUGUCUGCUUAUCAUAGAGAACUGUAACUAACUACCACCUGUCUGCUUAUCAUAGAGAACUGUAACUAACUACCACCUGUCUGCUUAUCAUACAGUAGGUGAUGAUGCAUAACUCCAAGCUUCCUAGUUCCAAGUUCGAAUGUGAAAUCUCAGGAUGUGUGUUAUUCUUUCAAACUGAAACAGGAUAGAGAGAAAGGAGAGGGAGAGGUAGAAGUAGAGAGAGAGAUGUAGAGGGAGUGAGAAAAAGAGAGAGAGCUGUAGAGAUAAUGAAAAAGAUGGAGAGAGAGAGGGGUAGAGAGAGAAUACCAUGCUGGCUUCAUCAGAGCGUAUUCUGCUCUGUAAGGUAGAAGAUGAAAAUGAACAACACUAUCCCACAGCUCUUCCAAUGCUAUCUUCUAACACUGGUGGGUAUAUAUCACACCUCUCUAGAUAAAGCGAGUGUCUGAGUGUAUCGCGUCGCUACAGUAGAUAAGGAUUCUCUCUGAUCUGAACAGUGGAUGUGUAUGUGUGUGUUUGUAUGUGUCUUUGUGCGUGUGUGUGAUAACACCUCCGUCCAUCCCCUGCCCGCCCUUAGCUGCUGUUACAUGUUCUGUAUGGCAUGUACAUAUGUAAAACAACUGUGUGACCAUAUCUACAAGCAGGACAGUCCCCUUCCAUAGCCAUCCCUUUGUACAAAUGUUUCUAUGUAUAAAAGAAUGAACAGAAAUAUCUGUGCAACAUUUUAAAAAGACAAACAUUCUUUGUAUUAUAUUUCAUGUUAUUUUGUAUUAUAUUUGUUUUUUUACAUAAAAGAAAAGCAAUUAUAAUAACCUAUUAUUUAUUGUUAACAUAUACUGUGCAAAAGUGUAAUGUUUUUUUUGUAGCAUACUGUAAUCUAUGACAUGGUUGGUUCUGUGACAGCGUCUUCAGUGUGGAAGAGCAAUACUGUUAUGCACCCCAUCCUUACUCUUUUUGCUUUUUUUAGAUGAAUGUGUGUGUGCGCCUGUACAUGUGUGUGCUUGUGUGUGUGGGCAUGCGAGUGUGUGUGUACGACGUGCUUGCGUGCGUAAAAGCCUUGUCUACUAAUGUAAAAUGAUUUGUAGUGGAAACAUUUAUAUUUUUAUAAUAAACAUUCUUAAAAUAUUUGCAAAAAAAUUAA